AUGGCCAUGGUCAAGGAGACCGGGACCGAGGCCGAAGAUCUGAGGCGGCUGUCGUCACGCUCGAUUGUGAGACCUAGCGGCUGUGUUGUGAACUGGAGGUUGCCACUGCCUAGGCGAUGCAAGAGAGAGUCCGCCAUGAGCAAGAUGAGGUGCGCCACGGCUAGGCUGAUUGCGGAUAAACAUGAAGAUAUUGUCUCGGACACCGCAAAGUCCACCGGACAAGGACUAGUCUGGUUGAACGGGUCGACGCAAUCCGCGCGAACCGCUGGGAAUACUGCUGAAUGGUACUGGGUGUCGUAUGAACUGGACCGUAUAGGCAUGCGGGCGUGGCCUGCGUACUGUACUGUGUCGUAUCGAGCAGCCAAUGUUGGCAGGGGGUUGUUGGACGUUCAGCCUCAAUGA